AAAAUACUGGAAUAUACACAUACACGUGGAAAAUAUAUAUAAAAUAUAGUCACUUGAAGUUGGUUUUGAUCAUUAUGUUUGAGAAAUUGAGUUUGUACGGCGUUUGAAAAGUGUGUUUUUUGAGGUCUGCUGGCGAGCUUGCCAACGGUCGGUCAUGUGACCUAUGACGUAGACUCCGGAACAUUUAUUGACACCUGUCAGUCGAUCGCCUGUCAACAAGAUGGAUUCCUCAGACUCAUCCUCGGAUCCUGAAACUUUUUUUGAAGUGGAGGAAUCCAAUCCGAUGUUGGAGGAUAAUGGUGGGGGCAUAAUGCCAUACAGGUAUGAGCCAUAUCUUGGAGAGUUGGAGCCACACGACUCUGAAAGUUCAGAUGGCGAGGAUGAAGGUGGUGUUGCUGCUGCUGUGGCAGACGGUGGGAUGCCAAGGGACUUUGGCAGGCUACAGCAUGUGGAAUGGUGUUCGUGUGGGAGGUGUGAGCCCAUGCCUACAGUAGACGAGUCGGUGUGCUGCCGUGAACAAUCGAGGGUGUGCGAGAGGAGAGAGGAGGGUGGAGCAGGCAUCCGCUGCAUUACAGAGCAUCUUGGCUUUCAGCCAGUUUGCAUGAACGUGCACGUUCUGCGCACUGCCUACUUCCACUACCGGCAGGACUACGGGGACGUAGAGGGAGAAGAGUGGAAGAGGUACACCGCAUAUAGGCAGUUUGUGCGAUGGUGCUACGAGUACCUGGGAAGACAUGUCAGGGUCCCCUUACCUUCCUGUGUGGUGUGCUGUGUCCGGAGAAGUUUUCCCUCUGUUGAUUACAGGGGGUUCCAGGAUGCCAACAACAACCCGUGAUAUAGCACAAGCACUUAUGUGUUGGUAAUUUUGUUUUCUUUUUUUGUUUGUAAAUACUACAUUAAAUUAACGUCAAUUUACCUCUUCAAGUGAAUGUGUCUUCAUUUUACAAUUUACAACAAAUACGCCUUUACCAUGGAA